AUGCCAUCCUACAACAAGGACACUGAAUCUGUUGAAGUUGCGGUGAUCGGCGGUGGCAUCGUUGGUCUAGUACUGGCUGCUGGCUUGACACGCCGACAAAUAAAAGUCAAAGUAUAUGAGCAAUCGCAAGGUUUUCGGGAUAUUGGAGCUGGUAUUGGGUUCAAUGGUGCUGCUAAGGCUUGUAUGCAAAUGAUUGACCCAGGAGUGAUUACGGCUUUACAUCGAGGCGGAGGAGUCGCCGUAUCUGCAGCCGACGAAGAUGACCCUCAUGACUACCUGCGAUGGAUCGAUGGCUUCGAUCGCGGCAACGUUCAACACUUGCAUGAUCAAAAGCUGUACUGCAAAGUCGAUGCGGGAUACAAAAGCAUCGAGGGUACGCGGCGGGACCGGUUUCUAGAAGAAUUGGCCAAAGACUUACCCGAGGGAAUGGUCGAAUUCAAGAAACGAUUGAGAACGGUUGAAGAAGGCGGUGAUGAUUGCAAACUGCAGCUUCAUUUCGAAGAUGGGACAAUAGCUGAAGCUGAUGCAAGGUGUGACGGUAUCAAAUCCAGAAUAAGAGAAAUUGUCCUCAGUGAAGCGUCGGUCGCAUCUAAGCCGUCAUACACCCACGUCAAUUUCUACAGCUCAUUGAUUCCAAUGAACAAAGCUGUCGACAUACUGGGAAAGUUCAAAGCGAGUGUAUUCCAUAACCACAUUGGGCCUGGGGCAAAUGUCCUCCACUACCCAGUUGCAAAUGGAACUCUUUGCAAUGUUUCUGCCUUUGUUCACGACGCCAACGAGUGGCCUGCAGAAAAAUCUCCGACUUCCAUUGGGUUCCGAAAGCAUAUUCAGGAGAAACUCGUUGGCUGGAGUCCGGUGGUGCGUGGUCUGAUUGACUUGUUCCCUGACACCCUUCCCGUAUGGGCAGUAUUCGACUUGUGGGAGCAUCCUAUGCCAUACUAUAAUCGGGGGCGAAUCUGCGUAGCUGGAGAUGCCGCUCAUGCCAGCAGUCCGCAUCAUGGGGCUGGGGCAGGAAUGGGCAUUGAAGACGCACUGUGUUUGUCGGUGCUCCUGGAUGAAGUGUCCAGUUCAAUCCGACUAGAAGGUGCGUCACGGCGGGAUGCGAUACCUGUGGCAUUUCAAGUUUACGACAGUAUUAGGCGCCGUCGUAGUCAGUGGCUCGUCAAUAGCAGUCGACGGCUUUGUGACUUGCAGCAACAUCAUGACUGGGCUGAUCCAGCAAAGUUGGUCAAGGCUGAGACGUGCUUUGAGGAAAUCACGGACCGUACAUACAAGAUUUGGAAUUUUGACUCCAACGGCAUGAUUAAAGAGUCAAUCGAGAAAUAUGGCAGAGCGAUCAACAGCUUGCGCAGGAAUGGUCUGGCUACCAACACGGAUUGUAAAGGCAAUGGACAUAUGAAUGGGGUAAGAGCUUGA